CACUAAAUAGCCGGCGGCCACCAAGUUUUUCAACGUCGACCUUGGUACAAGGGCAUCCAUGAGUCAAGUAGCUCGACCGGCUGCAAAUGCUUUAGCCCACGCAAAACACAUAGGUCUCUUCGGUGUACCUUCCACCGUAACCACUGGCGACAUACGAAGGCUAAUAACGAGAACUGGGGUCCAAGGUGUCUCAAAUGUUGCUAUCCAAUAUACGCACAGGUACCGGCGCACAGGAAACGUCUACCUCACGUUGUCGCUCCCAAAUUUCCUGCGUGACAACCUACGAGUCUUGGAGGACGCGACAAUAUCUGGAGUAACUGUUAAAGCGGAAGCAUCUUUAUCGAUACCUGAUAAAGACUUCCGCUAUGGUGAUGGGACGGGCACGACUGUGGUUGUGCAAGGACCACCUGGGAAGGCUGAUGUGCAUACAUUCCGACAAAUGCUAACAGCUUACACGUUGGACCUUGGCCCUGAACCUAUCACCCAAAUACCGCUGCCCAAGGGAGGUUUCUCAAGAGUAGCGCGUUUUCUUGUGCGUUUUGCGACAGCUUCAGAUGCGCACCGUUUUGUACGGGACAUUCAAGGAGUAAUCAUAGAGAAUUCCAAUGACUCGAAUGUUCACAGAGCGCCGUACCGAGCUCACGUCGUGUAUUAAUAAUUGAGU